CUGUCAGACGUUUUCUCUACUGCCAUCGGGCAUUACGUUAACCGCAUAGUGCACGCUGAAAAUUGUAAUUUUUAACUAUAAUUAUACAACAAAUUUCUGGCUAAUCUUUAAUUUCUGUAGAGCCAACGAUUAAACGAUAUAGAAAGGUAUUUUAACGAAAUUGCAAAUCAAAUAUGCAGCCCGUAAAAGCGAUUUUCUCGAACGUGGCACGGCGUGCUUUCUCGACAUCGCCGAAAAGCCUUGCCGCGAAACAGCUAACCGUGCGUGAAGCCUUAAAUACUGCCCUGGACGAGGAAAUGGCACGCGAUGAUCGCGUAUUCCUGAUUGGAGAAGAGGUGGCUCAAUACGAUGGCGCCUACAAGGUAUCUCGCGGACUUUGGAAAAAAUAUGGCGAUCAACGCGUUGUGGAUACUCCCAUUACUGAGAUGGGUUUUGCAGGUAUAGCUGUUGGCGCUGCGAUGGCCGGCUUACGACCAAUUUGCGAGUUUAUGACUUUUAAUUUCUCAAUGCAGGCCAUUGAUCAAGUCAUCAACUCUGCAGCAAAGACUUUCUAUAUGUCCGCUGGUAUGGUUAACGUGCCGAUAGUUUUUCGUGGACCUAACGGCGCUGCUGCUGGUGUAGCAGCUCAGCAUUCCCAAUGUUUUGCUGCCUGGUAUGCGCACUGUCCUGGUCUUAAAGUAAUAUCCCCUUACGACAGUGAGGAUGCCCGUGGUCUGCUUAAGGCUUCCAUUCGCGACCCCGAUCCAGUGGUUUGCCUUGAAAAUGAAAUGUUGUAUGGCGUUGCAUUCCCUGUGGACGACAAAGUGCUGGACAAAGACUUUGUGGUGCCGAUUGGUAAAGCAAAAAUUAUGAAGCCCGGUAAUCACAUAACUUUAGUGGCACAUUCAAAAGCAGUUGAAAUAGCAUUGUUAGCUGCUGCUGAGCUGGCUAAAAAGGGUAUUGAAGCUGAGGUUAUCAAUUUGCGUUCGAUUCGUCCACUUGAUAUGGACACUAUUUGCAAGUCAGUUAAAAAGACACAUCACCUUGUGACUGUCGAACAGGGCUGGCCACAACAUGGUGUUGGUGCCGAAAUUUGCGCCCGUAUUAUGGAAGAUGAAACCUUCUUCCACUUGGAUGCACCCGUGUGGCGUGUAUGCGGCGUUGACGUUCCCAUGCCCUACGCCAAGACUCUCGAAGCGAAUGCACUACCACAGCCUCAGAACGUCGUCGAAGCUGUAACCAAAAUCAUUGGACCCAAAAAAUAGAAACAUUUAUUUACCAUCUAUAUCAAAUAUUAGAACAAUUUGAAUUGUUGAUUGAUCAUUCUCAAACAAUUUCACUCACACACUUAGUUGUUUACAAUCGAAAGGCGCGUAAAGCACGUUAAUAUGUUGCAGAAAUCACGCAGAUUAGUAUAAAAUGAAAAUAUUAUGUAUGAAAAUCAUUAUGAAAGAGGCGAUGGUUCAUUUUAUUUUGAUAUACUCAUCUUAUCAUUCAAUAAACGUGUAACAACGUCUGCAAAAUAAUGGAAAAUCGUGUGCAAACUUUCAUAUGUACAUAAAUAAAAGUUCGUAAAAUAAUAAAACUGGUGAUAUGUUUUAAGAUUCAAAACUCGUUCAUAUUAACGGAUCAUAAUUACGUAUCUCGCAACAUUUUUCAGUUGCGCUACAAACCUAUGGCUGUCCAGUGUUACGUGUUUUCAUGUGAACGUAAAUUAUAAUUAAUAAUUUGAAAAUAUUUAGAUGAAAGGUAAAAGUGUAGUAAGUUAUAUGUAAAUAUUCAAUCACCGGAACUCGUAAAAUGGUUGUAAUAAAGUACAGGUCGAACGAAAAUAAAUAAACAUGUCUAUAUGCAAAUGCUG